GUGUUAAUAACGCAGUCGACCCGUCAGUUGCUCUUAAUCGCGGCGCUUUUGCACAAUACUAAGCCAGUGCAGAAUAUUUAAGAUCGUUUAGUUUGUGCACUCAAAAAAAAAGAUGUUAAUGUAAAAAGCAGGAAAAAUAAAUACAAAUCAAAUAAAUCGACUUUACUACUGUAAAUGACUGAUAUUAUAAGAGUCAAAUGAUUUUAUUCUAUUACUAUUCACCUUUUGACAGGUGUGUUCAUGAAUUGAAAUAGAAUGGUGUUAAAAUAAAAUACAUAAAAAGCAAAUCGAGUGCUAAUUUUAUUUGGCACUUUUAUGUGAUAAUUAAUCAUGUAGACCGCACAUAAUAUCAAAUAUAAAAAACAAAUUAAUAAUCACAUUUCACAGUAAAUGACAGCUUGUGUGAAAUAUGUCGCUGUACACUAUUUUUUAAAUUAAUACACUGUGCACCGAUUCGGGUUUUUUUUUUCUUGUGUAAAUUCGCUUGUUACCCAACUUUUAUGACCCUUGGGUCCGGUGACCCUUUAGUAACCGUCUGAUCUCUGCGUCUGUGUUCCGCUUAAAACGAUUGAUGCGACGCUGCAACGAGGCAGUUGCUCUUUAGAACGUCCGUCGCAAUGUUCUGGCUCGGAUUCGGAUUGCUGUUGGUCGCGUUGUCCCUAUACCUGCUAUAUGUCUUCGAGCGGCAGAGCAGGAUCGACCGGCUCACCCACAAUUGGCCAGCCCCACCGGCGCUGCCAUUCAUUGGCCAUCUGCACAUCCUAGCCAAAUUGGUGGGCCCGCAUCCACUUCGACGUGCCACCGAAAUGAUCGAUCAACAUCUGCACGAUCACCGCGGAAAACUGUGGAUGGGCACCAAGCUCUACCUCGUGGACUGCAAUCCCAAGGAUAUACAGGCUCUGUGCAGUGCCCAGCAGCUGUUGCAGAAGACCAACGACUAUCGGGUCUUCGAGAACUGGCUCUGCGAGGGCCUCUUCACCAGUGGAUUCGAGAAGUGGUCCCAUCGCCGGAAGAUCGUAAUGCCGGCCUUCAACUACACCAUGAUCAAACAGUUUGUGGCCGUCUUUGAGAAACAGUCGAGGAUUCUUCUGACGAAUGUCGCUAAAUUUGCCGAGUCCGGGGAUCAAAUUGACUUCCUGCAACUGAUCAGCUGCUUCACUUUGGACACUAUUUGUGAAACGGCCCUCGGAGUCUCUGUGGGAUCCCAGUCGAGCGCCAAUUCGGACUACCUAGAUGCUGUUAAAUCAAUCCUUGUGAUCAUCGAUAAGCGACUGAAGAACAUCUUCUACCGCAACUCGUUUAUUUUCAAACGCACAUCGCAUUACAAGCGAGAGCAGGAGCUGAUAAAAACGCUUCACGGAUUCACAGAGGGCAUUAUCCAGAAACGUAUUGAUGAAAUCAGCCAGGAUGCGGAGAAUCGCAACUACCAGAGUAAUGAUGCGGAAUUGGACGGAGUGAAGCGGACCCUUUGCUUUCUGGACACCUUGCUAUUGUCCAAGGGUCCCGAUGGCAAACCUUUGACAGUCAAGGAUAUACGCGAGGAAGUGGACACCAUCAUAUUUGGGGGCUUCGAUCUCACGGCCACCACCCUCAACUUUUUCAUGUAUAACAUGACUCUUCAUCCGGAGCACCAGCAGCGAUGCCGCGAGGAGGUGUGGUCGGUAUGCGGCAAGGACAAAAGUGAACCCAUCACCAUAGAGCAGCUGCGCGAAAUGGAGUUCCUGGAGGCGUGUAUAAAGGAAACACUGCGGAUGUAUCCUUCAGGUCCACUCACUGCCAGAAAAGCCACAGCCAACUGCACAAUCAAUGACUUCUUCAUACCGAAGGGUAGCGAUGUAAUCAUUUCACCAAUUUACAUGGGGCGCUGCAAGGACUUCUUUCCGGAACCCAUGGUCUUCAAGCCAGAUCGCUGGGCGAUUGGAGCGGAGCCCAAAAUUGAGGCCACCACUUUUAUACCCUUUAUGGCGGGGGCGCGGAGUUGCAUGGGCCAGCGGUAUGCAAUGGUCAUGCUCAAAAUGGUGCUAGCCCACCUGCUGAGGAACUUCCUCUUCGAGCCCCUUGGCGAGCGACAGGCGAAGUUGAAGCUCAACUUUGUGAUCACCCUGCAUACCGUUGAACCCUAUCUAUGUAGAGCUAAAGCUUUAGAUUGAGGCUAGCCAACAGUUUUUCUCUUAGCCAAUACGUUUGUCAAUAAAGUUAGGUAUUAUUGUAGGUACAUUCCGCUUUUUCUAGUCUCUUGUGUAUUUUUUUUUGAAUGGAAUGCUGAACUCAGUUAAGCUGCUUCUGUACUGGCCAAAAGAGUACAGGUAUUUCUAUCUGUAAAGUAUGCCUCAUUUAAUAAUUCAAUCAAACAGAUAGCUAACUCUAAUUUUAUCAGGAAUAUCUUAAGAAAGUUUAAUUUACGAAUUAUUUUCAAGAAUAGACCGCUAUCAAUUCGUUUCACUUGGAUCCUUUCAA